GUGUUCCUCUCCAGGACGAGAAUGCUACUGGAUCAACGCGGAUUUUCAGCGUCCAUUUAUUAUAAACGGUUUGCGCUAACACUUAAAAUAGGAGAAAAGACAGUCGUCGUCUGUGUAGUUAGCCUUUGCUAGCAAUUCUUUGGACCACUUUAAACCAAUAAAAGAUGAUUCAGUAAAAAACGCAGUGAAAUUCGCAUCUCAUCGUGAAACGCCUGCAAACAAAAGCAGAUGAUGUGACAAUUUGGUCAGAAUUUCUACUGAGGAGCUGGAGGACAUUUAUAGUGUGUUUAUGAUAAAAAAUAAUAAUAAUAAUAAAAAUAAAAAAACACGCGAAACCAGUAUAGGUUGGUGUAUUUCUUGUUUUUCACCAUGUCCGGUGUCAUCCUCACGUUUCAGUCACAACUGUCCGGGGUCAUGGAGACCGUUUUUAAAGCUGCCAUGUUUGAGAUCACCCGGCUAGUGGAGGAGAGUUUCGUGAAUGAAGUGUCCCGCAGUCGAGAACAGGUGGAGACUCUGAAGAAAAGACUGCAGUGGAGCGAGUCCAGACGGAAAAAUCAAGAGACAAGUGACAGGAGACUGACGUGUACAGAGUGUGGAAAAACCCGUUCAUCUAACGAGGAAAGAGUAGACAUUUCAUCACAAGAAUUAGAAAAUGAACGCAGUCUCAAACAGGAGACAGUUCUGGAGGGGAGCUGGCGAAGCUGUGAUUUGAAGACUACUGACACAGCUUUAGUAAAAGAGAGAUCAGAAGACCAAACCAGCCUCAGGAACACAGGAGAGGUUUGGGAAACACUGUUGUGGUCCAUGUUGCGUAGUGAAAUUGUCAGUACAUUUACUUUGUACACAAGUGAAAUUCAAGUGUUGCAAACCUUUAAUGAGUUCCAGUCUGCAGAUACAGAGGACAAGAAACUGGACUGCAUACUAAAAGAAGAGGCUUUUUAUGCCACUGCCGAUAAUAAGGAGCUUCAGGAUGGGUGGACGCUUGAUACUGAAGGAGCUGAGACCUCUGAUUUCUCGGCACACAGUUUCAGUGAGCGGGAGCUGCAGCAGAUUCAGGAAGACUGGAGCUCUGGACUUGAUCAGACCACUGACAAUGAGCCUUAUGCAGAUAUUGUAGAUGUCCAAGGACUGCCAUACCGAACACGUUACAACACAGAGGAACUUUCGAGCUACAGUGUGCAUGAACUGAACAUGGGAGACCUGAACGGUCUAGAAAGAACGGAAGACACAUUGGGUAAUGCGGCAUUGGUAGGGCCCAUUCAAAAUGAGCAGGGCACAGCUGAGGAAGUUGAAAGACAUCACAGCUCUUCCAUUAGGAGUAAGAGAGGAAAUAGAGGAUCUUUGCCAGCACAAGUUAACCCUGCGAGGAAAGAUAUGGACAGAGACAUGCACUGUUUGCUUAUUAAUGAAGAUGGCCACUUGCAGGACAUGAAUGUCCUCAUGGAAGCGGCUGAGCAUAGAGGACACUCACUUUAUGUUGGGGAUACAGCUAAUGAUGCCACUGGACUUUAUAAGGGAAAUGCAUUCAAUCACUCUCUAGAGUGUAAAGAUGGACAAGUGUUAGGAGACAAUCGGGCUUCUCUGAAUGGCAACCCGCUCUCCUACCGAGUCAGUUCAAGCGCAGCGUACACCUGUAACCAGUGUGGGAAGAAUUUCACCCUGGCCUGCAACCUAAAAGUCCACCAACGUGUCCACCAGCGGGAAGGUCUCCAUCUGUGCAGUCACUGUGGGAAAGGUUAUUCGUCCUUCAGUGACCUGCGUAUGCACCGAUGUAGUCAGACCGGAGACAAGCCUUACACCUGCACACUUUGCGGGAGCAAGUUCAGUCGACUUUGGAAUCUCAAGCUGCACAAACGCAUUCACACGCAGGAGAAACCGCACAAGUGUACUUUGUGCAAUAAGAGCUUUACUCGGGCAGAUAUCUUGAAAGUACAUCAACGCACCCACACAGGAGAAAGACCGUACUGCUGUGGUAUCUGUGGACUGAGCUUCAAACGACCGGACCACCUUAGGUCACAUCAGCGCAAACAUGGUGCCGACCUGAACAAUCUUUAAAAAAAAAAAAAAAAAAACAUCUUACAACUUUAUUUUUUUUGUUGUUGUUUUGAGUUUGAAAUUGUAGUGUCAGAAAACCUAAAUGGAAUUUUACUUGAUUUUACUAUUUUCUAAGAUGUUUUGAAGUUACUUUAUAAAUAAUGUGGCCAGCUUUGUAUUAGAUGAAAAUUUUAAUAUUGCUUGAUAAACAAAACUUUGUUUAUUCAACAUUCUCAUCUACACUAUUUAAAAAGAUCUUCCAUUGCUCAUCCAUUGACUGUGUCUUGGUAGGUGGGGUGAUAAAGUAAUAUUGAAAGUGAAAAAUGAUCGAAGUUUAUUUUAAUGUCACCAAAUAUGUGUAAUAAAACUUAUGUUAAAACAUGCAAUGUGUCAUUUGUCACAUGCCAUUUUAGUCCAGUUCUCUGUUUCAGCAUUUUAAACAUAUUUAUCUGUUUGUUGUUUGAUAUAAUCCUCCAGCUGUUUAUUACAAAAGCUUGAUCGUUUAUUUUCAUUCAAAACAUUCUUGACAAUGCAGAACUCAAUGCUGCAGUGCAAAUAAUGCACAUUUCUAUGCAUACUGUAUAA